AUGACGGAUUCACUCGACUACGUCAAGAUCUGCGAGAGCUGCCCCGCCGGCGACGGCUGGGGUCCCUCAGUCACAUCAGAGACUACCCUCAACGGCGUGCCCUAUGCGCCCUUCUCCAAGGGAGACAAGCUGGGACGCAUGGCCGACUGGACUGCUGAGGGCAAAGAUAGAGAGCGUGGUGGACGAUCACAAUACAACAGAAACUUCCGAGACCAACAAGUCUAUGGUGCCAGCCACGCUAUCACUUUCAACGCACCUCCCGCCGAGGACGAGUCUACCUUCUCCGUCGUUAGCAACGUCCGAGAUUCGACAAAGUCAAGAUACGGUCGUGGUGCCGUCUUCACUCGUGGCCGUGGUGGCCAGCGUGGAGGUCAGGCCGGCGCCCGAGGUGGACGAACUACCCUUACAAGGGGUGGUGCCGGUGCUGGUGGCCGACAGGGCUACGACCGAGGUGGCCGAAACAACGCUGGUCGUGGCGGUCGUCGCUUCGGCUGGAAGGACUAUGACAAGCCUGCUCGCAACCGUGAUGCCAGCAUCAACGUCAAGGCCGAGUGGAAGUUGCUCGAGGAGAUUGACUUUAACCGCCUGGCUAAGCUGAACCUCGACACCGACGAAGGUGAGGAUAUCGACAACUACGGUUUCCUAUACCACUAUGACCGCUCCUACGACAAGCAGCCUGUCAAGGGUGCUGAGAAGAAGCUCACUCCCAUCGACCGCGCUGCCUACAACGUCACCACCUCAUCCGAUCCCGUCAUCCAGGAGCUUGCUGAGAAGGACGAGGCUACCAUCUUCGCCACCGACAGCAUUCUCUCCAUGCUUAUGUGCUCUCCUCGAUCCGUUUACCCCUGGGAUAUCGUCAUUUCUCGACAGGGCAACAAGAUCUUCCUCGACAAGCGUGAUAACGCCGCUCUUGACAUGGUGACAGUCAACGAGAACGCUGCCGACGCCCCUCUUGAUGCCGCCGACGGCAGCAAGGACACCAUCAACCAGCCCAACGCCCUCGCUGAGGAGGCCACAUACAUCAACCACAACUUCACCAACCAGGUCGUCCUUGAGAACGAGUCCUCCAAGGUCAACAUGGCCCACGGCAACCCCUUCUACAACUCAUCCGAGGAUACCGACCCCCCUGCCAGCAAGGCCUACAAGUACCGACGCUUCGACCUUUCCACCAACGAGGAGGAGCCCGUUCACCUCAUCGUCCGAACAGAAGUUGACGCCGUUCAGAGGAACACCAUCAGCGGCGAAGAUCAGCACAUGAGCAUCCACGCCCUCAACGAGUUCGACAGCAAGGCUCAGGGAAGUGGUGGUGCUCUUGACUGGCGAAGCAAGCUCGUUACUCAACGUGGUGCUGUUGUUGCUACUGAGAUGAAGAACAACAGCUGCAAGCUCGCCCGAUGGACAGUGCAGAGUAUCCUCGCCAGCGCUGACGUGAUGAAGCUUGGUUUCGUUUCUCGUGUGACUCCCCGCUCCAACGACAAGCACGUCGUCUUGGGUGUUAUCGGCUGGAAGCCUCGUGACUUCGCUAACCAGAUGAACUUGUCCCUCAACAACGGUUGGGGUAUCGUCCGUACUAUCGCCGACAUGUGUCUCAGCAACUCCAGCUCGGACGCCAAGUUCGUGCUUGUCAAGGACCCCAACAAGUCUAUCCUCCGAUUGUACGAGGUGCCCGCCGGCAGCUUCGACGAUGACGAUGAGGAGGAGGUUGAGGAGCCCCAAGGUGAGGAGGAGCAAUAA